CUGAUAUAUUUAUGGAUACCGAUACUUAUCUGUUCAUCUUCGAAUCAAAAAUUUUUCACAUCGGCAUAAACUUUUUCAUCUCACAUUAAUCAGUUGCAAUUGGUGAAGAAGAAGAGGUAGCUUAAUGGGGCUGCCAGGUCUAAGGAAACUUUGGGACGAGUGGGGUCUGAGAGUGAUGGUUCUGCUGAUGCUGCUCAAUCAGAUCUUGCUCAACCUGAUCAUGCUCAGCCGUCGGGCUCGGUUCCGUUCCCUUCCCCUUAAAUUCCUUCUGUGGCUAUGCUACUCCUCAGCCGACGCAAUUGUGAUAUUUGUGUUGGGGAUGGUCUCGUUUCAGCUCGGACUGAUUAACAAGAACCCAGGCUCUCUCAAGGAACAAGACAAGUUGAUCGCGUUCUGGGGGCCUAUCCUUACCCUCUUCCUAGGUGGACCUGAUACGAUCACCGCCUACUCCUUGGAAGACAAUGAACUAUGGAAACGGCAGUUGCUUGGAGUGAUUGCCCAAUCCACAGGGACGUUUUCCAUUAUUUUGAUGGCGUGGAGUGGUCAUUCUUACCUGAGCUAUCUAUCCUUGGUCAUGCUCGGAGUAGCAUCCGUCAAGUGUGGAGAGAAGACCUGGGUCCUAUGGAAUGCAAGCACCGAGAAGCUCCAGAUGUCCAUGCAAUCUCCUAAUCCUGGACCGAACUAUCCUAAGUUCACCGAGGAAUACUGCUUGAGGCAGGAGGAGGGCUAUGAUCUGGGAUUCCAUGAGAUUUCUGAGGUUCACGAGCCCAUGGAUCCCUCAAUCGGAAGCAAUGACCCGAAGGAUAUAGUACGAGCGCAUGCUCUAUUUCCCAGCUUCAGGCGACUCUUUGCCAAUCUCAUCCUGAGCGAUCAUGACAAGAUCAUGAGCAUGAACAUAUUUCAGUCGAUCCAGUCAGCGAAGGAUGCCUUCAGAGUGGUGGAGAUUGAGCUCCACUUCAUGUACGAGCAGCUCCACACCAAGGCCAACCUGCUGUACCGUCCUUGGGCUGUCCUUGUUCGCUUACUGCUCGUUAUACUAACCUUCUCCAUGUUUGGAAUCUUCAUCUUCUUUGCCCGGCAAAGAUGGAAGGACUACUCCCGGGUCGAUCUAGUCGUGACACUCAUAUUGCUGGCUUCAGUUUGUGUUCAGGAGUUGCUUUCCCUCUGCAUGAUUGUGUAUUCGUUCCCAGCCAACGACUGGCACCGUCACAGAGAGAGAUCGCGCAUAAUUCCCUGUCUAGAUCUCCUUCGGUUCAAACAGCCCAGGUGGUCAAACUCCAUGGGUCAGUUCUGUCUGCUCAGAUAUGUCAUCCAAUCCAGAACUCGUCAAUUACUCCAUGUGUUGCUGGAUCAGAUGCUAAAUCUAGAGAAGACUUGGUACACCGAUUAUGUGGUCAUUAGCCAAGGUUUGAAGGGUUUCAUCCUUUCCUCGAUCAGGAGGCAGAUAGACCAAGCGAAUGGCGGGUCAGGAAUUGGCGGCUGGAACAGAGAAACAGCAGUAGAUAUUCUGAGGAAGCAUAAUAUACGCGACAGUGAUCAUAAGCUGUCAUGGAGCAUGCAAUUAGAAUUCGACCAUUGCAUCCUGAUUUGGCACAUCGCCACUGAACUGUGGUGCCAGAAAGCUGAAGAACAAAAUCUCCGAGAUGACAAUGUAGUAUGGAGCAGGCUAUUGUCGCGCUACAUGGUCUACCUCCUGGUUAAUCACCCGACCAUGCUGCCCAAUAGCAUCAGUCACAUCAGGAUCCAAGACACUUUAGCCGAGGCAUCAGGCUUCUUUAAUGGGAUCAAGUCCCCUGGCGCUGCCUACAAAGAGUUCUAUGGGGUGAAAACGGCGGUGGACCCUCUCAAAGUGAAAGGGAGUAUCAGCAAAUCAGUUUUGUUUGAUGGGCGCAGGCUCGAGUCAGGGUUGAUCAUCGUCGAAAGAGACUUAGCACUCUGUGAGCGCAACUGGAGAAUGAUCGCUGACGUGUGGUUUCACUUCCUGGUCUGCGCCGCAAAGCAGUGCCCUGGGAGCUCUCACGCUAAGCAGCUAAGAAGUGGAGGAGAGCUUCUCACCCAAGUGUGGAUGCUGAUGGCACAUUUCGGCUUGACCGACCACUUCCAGCUUGAACAAGGUUCUGUCAUUUCUAUGCUAACGAAAUCUUAGCAUAAUGCCCGCCGGAAUUCGUGUUUCCCGUGUUAAACUCUACAUGAUGGUUGACAAGCCACAGCAUAGUUCAUAGAAUGAUUUUCAUCCCAUUCAAGAGCCGGAUUGUGAUCGCGACUCUCAUGGGAGUUGUGAUCGAUUUCCCUCCCCCCCCCCCCCCCCCCCACCCCCCAAAAUUAAUUCACGAUGUCGCCUCUUCAGUUCAGUUUCACACAUUGUUCUUUUACAGUACAUUAAUUAGUGAUCAUGUGGUAAGUUUGACGCUUGAGUUGUUCUAGCAU